CACGUUUUCAUGACUCGUCGCACCCGAUGUUGUUGAACUAAACAUCGAAAAACAAUACAACACGAGUGACAUGUUGCGAGACCCGAUAACCUGCGGCGAGAGACGGUUUCUGAAAAGGGUUGGGGAAGGUUUUAGAUGGAAAAGGAUGUGAAGACGGGCGACCAAUUAAGGGCCUUGGAUUGUCAAAUCAAGAUCCUUGUUAUGGAAUCUCAGCUGGACCAUCAGCUUAGAUCCCCGAAUGGACCCUGCAUUGGCUUUGCGAAGUAUUUACGCCAUGCAAUGUACGGAGAUGCGCCUCGCAGGAUGAAGCUAUGCCCUCGCAAUGUUGAUACCGUAUCUAUCACGUUCUCGUUGGCUUGUCGUACGGCAUCUCAGGUGGCAAGCCUUCAGAUUUACUCAGGUGGUAGGUUUACUUUUUCACAUAUCUCUACAACUAACCUUCGAUGAUUCGUAAUCUGGUAAUCUGCAGUCGGGUGUCUCUCCUAAAACCGUCCGUGCCGUGUCAGACUUCUAGAUCACCAAGGCUUGAUUGAGGCUUCCAGAUUGAAGACUGCCUUUCUACCCUCCCCUUUCCCCUCAUUUUUGUGUUUUUCUUUUCCCCAAGACUUCGAACAGACUGCGAUUCUUGGUUGGAAGUCGCUGUGACCCAAUCUUCGAGCGAGAAUCCAUUGUUUUGGGUAAACAUUGGCAGAAACGUUACCCAUUCGGCGAGCAUGUGAGUCGACUGAUCUGUCCCCUCCACACAGCUUUCCGUAGCAGAGUUUGCAUAUUCUUUAUUGACUUUUCAAUUUCAUAGAGCUCCCCAAUUCGAGAAAGUCCCAGACUUUCUGCUCAUACCACGAUGCGCGAUCCCUUCCUCCCACCGAUACCAAUUCUCCAACAACUAGUAACACCUCUGUGCAAUAAACUUCACCUCUAUUCCCUACCUUUUCAUAUCCACGAGAUUCUUGCAGCUUUUGCUGUUUAUCAUGCUAUCUUCGAAUACAUUGCGCCGCCAUUCUCCGGCUUUUUUCUUGCGAAACUAUACACAGGCUUGUCUAGGGAAAGCAAACUUCGAUGGAACAUGCACUGCGUGUCUAUGGUCCAAAGUCUGAGCAUCUCUGCGCUGGCACUAUGGGUUAUAGCCGUAGACACUGAGAGGCGGCACAUGAAUCUCGAGGAGAGAAUGUGGGGAUACACUGGUGCUGCUGGCCUGGUUCAAGCUCUGGCGACGGGGUACUUUUUAUUCGACCUGACCAUCAUGAUACGGUAUUUGGAUGUUUUUGGGGUCAGCAUGUUGACGCAUGCUUUGAGUUGUCUUGUGACAUAUACUCUAGGAUUCGUAAGCCUGCCACAGCUGUCUAACAUACCAUGUUUACUAACCUUUGGCAGCGCCCAAUAUUCAACUACUACGGAUGUGUUUUUAUGCUUUAUGAGCUUUCUACUCCCUUCUUGAAUAUGCAUUGGUUUUUUGAUAAACUAGGCAUGACCGGUUCGAGGGCGCAACUGUAUAAUGGAUUUGCGCUUAUAUCAGUAUUCUUUAGUGCUCGACUUGUUUGGGGGGCUUAUUCUUCAUUUAAUAUAUACCGAGAUGUUUGGAACGCCAUAUACUUCGAUGCCAACACAAAGAAAUUGAGUACAAACGAGGCCAUGAUGGUGUUUGGCAAAGACAGACCCCUUCCAGCAUGGCUUGUGGUUAUUUACAUGGGCGGACAUGUUACUCUUCAACUUUUAAAUGUGUUUUGGUUAGGCAAGAUGAUCGCUGCAAUCAGAAAGCGAUUCACACCUGAGGCUCUAGCCGAGAAGAAGCAGAAGACACAAAAAAAGCAGAGAUGA